CAUUAGACAUGACAUUUCGGUAGAUUCAGAGAUACAUGGCCGAUGUUUCAGUGGACAGACAGGAGACAGGAAAGUACUGGUGUGAUUUGUUUAAUUCUAAACUCACGUUGACCGUUAGGACUAGCCGUGUGAAUACGCAUUGUGUUUUGCUGGUUUCAUCAUUAUCUCAACACUAACGCUGACAGGCUUGUUACAUGUUUUUGAAGCCUCUCCCAUCACUGUCGUAGAUCCGGCACUGGAAUACUUCUAUGUGUCCUAAAGUUUUCAACAAAGGAUGUGAUGCAAACGACUUCAGAAGGAGAUACAAGUAGCCCUGCUACUGUACACUAAGUCCGUUCAGUUCUAGGAACUGAGACUGAUCCAAACUCAAGACUGCAUUCUGUGUUUCAGUUUUACAAAAGGGCUUUGCUUUCAAAAACAUUGACGCGAUUGAGUAUCAAGGCGACGCUAUGGAUGGGCUACCUCGACUGGAAGUUGUGGGCGAUCUCGUCACGCGGCGCUACGAUCUCCCCAAUAGAGCUCCGACACCGACAGUUGAGAUCUCUGGCAACGAUGUUUAUGCUUUCGAGUUUUCAGAGGAGAAGCCCAAGUGGGUUCACGCCAUGGAAGAAAACCAGAACAAUAUUGGGUUUACGUUCCUGAAGAGUCCGUUGUCUGACCAGUGGUUGUACCCUCCUCUGAACUACCGAUACUCGGACUCUGCAACCGGUUCCAGCCAAAGGUCUGAAUCAGACAAAGAAACGUUUAGAAGGAAGAGACGAAAGGUCACCUGCAUAGCCAUCGUCCUUGUUGUGGUGCUACUGGCCUUAAUCGCAGGACUGGUCGCUUUGAUCUUCAUUACAACCUUAUCUGGCUCUGGACCAUUCAACUCCGCUUUGGUCCAGUCAUCGGGGAGCAAUGGAACUAAUCAGGACAGUACAGUAACCACUUUACCUGCAACAACCACAACACCACCAACAAUCACAACAUCAACAACAAUUCCAACAUCAGCAACAACACCAACUACUAUAUCUACGACAGAAACCACUACCCCUACAACAACCACAACACCACCAACAAUCACAACAUCAACGGCAACCACAACACCAAUAACAACCACAACACCAACCAGUACAUAUACGACAUCAGCCACUACACCUACAACAACCACAGCACCAACAACAACCACGACACCAACGACAAUAACCACUACUUUUACGACAACAACAACUACUCCAACGACAACAACGACUUCACCUACAACAACCACUACACCUACAACCACCACCACUACACCUACGACAACAACCACUACUUCUGCAACACCUACCACUAUACCUACAACCACCACCACUACACCAACGACAACAACCACUACUCCAACGACAACAACCACUACACCUACAACAACCACUACUUCUACAACAACAACCACUAUACCUACAACAACCACUACUCCAACGACCACUACACCUACAACAACCACUAUACCUACAACAACCACUACAUCUACAACAACCACUACACUUACAACAACCACUACACCAACGACGACAACCACUACUCCAAUGACAACAACCACUACACCUUCAACAACCACUACUUCUACAACAACAACCACUACACCUACAACAACCACUACACCUACAACAACCACUACACCUACAAUAACCACCAUACCUGCAACCACCACCACUACACCUACAACAACCACUACUUCUACAACAACAACCACUACACCUACAACAACCACUACACCUACAACAACCACUACACCUACAAUAACCACCAUACCUGCAACCACCACCACUACACCUACAACAACCACUACUUCUACAACAACAACCACUACACCUACAACAACCACUACACCUACAACAACCACUACACCUACAAUAACCACCAUACCUGCAACCACCACCACUACACCUACAACAACCAUCACACCUACAACAACAACCACUACACCUACAACAACCACCACUACACCUACAACAACCACCACUACACCUACAACAACCACUACUACACCUACAACAACCACCACACCUACAACAACCACCACACCUACAACAACAACAACCACUACACCUACAACAACCACUACACCUACAACAACCACUACAACUACAACAACCACUACACCUACAACAACCACCACACCUACAACAACCACUACACCUACAACAACCACUACACCUACAACAACCACUACACCUACAACAACCACUACACCUACAACAACCACUACACCUACAACAACCACUACACCUACAACAACUACCACACCUACAACAACCACUACACCUACAACAACCACUACACCUACAACAACCACUACACCUACAACAACCACUACAUCUACAACAACAACCACCACACCUACAACAACCACUACACCUACAACAACCACUACACCUACAACAACCACUACACCUACAACAACCACUACAUCUACAACAACAACUACCACACCUACAACAACCACUACACCUACAACAACUACCACACCUACAACAACCACUACACCUACAACAACCACUACACCUACAACAACCACCACACCUACUACAACCACUACACCUACAACAACUACCACACCUACAACAACCACUACACCUACAACAACCACUACACCUACAACAACCACUACACCUACAACAACCACUACACCUACAACAACCACUACACCUACAACAACCACUACACCUACAACAACCACUACACCUACAACAACCACUACACCUACAACAACAACCACACCUACAACAACCACUACACCUACAACAACUACCACACCUACAACAACCACUACACCUACAACAACCACUACAUCUACAACAACAACCACCACACCUACAACAACCACCACUACACCAACAACGACAACCACUACACCUACAACAACCACUACACCUACAACAACCACUACACCUACAACAACAACCACUACACCUACAACAACCACUACUAUACCAACUACGACCACAACUACUCCUGUUUCUACAACCGUGGCAUCAACAACUACAACCACGACAAUGAUCACCACACAAACGACCACUACAGGUCCAACUACUCCUCCUCCGUCUAUGACUAUGACCAUCUCGACAUUUCCGGCUAACGGCACCGCACAGAUCUCGUGUACUCUCAUUGCAGGAUCCUUCCUACUUUUAGCCUUUUUCCGGACGGAUCCCACAACGUCCCCGGGAUUUUCUCCUGUGGCAGCCUUUCCUUCGAACAGCCCCCCAACAUUGCAACUUGAUCCAACGUUCUACAAGGUUAACAGAACGACGUCAGGUUUUACUAGCGUCUUUACCUUGACCUUCAACAAGGUGCGCUGCAUUGAUGAAUCCACCUACAGAUGCAGGGCGGCUAUUGCCAAUGGGGUUACAAUUACAGCAGACGGCACUUCGAAAAUUUUCCUGCCUCCAGAGUAUCAAAACGUUCGAGCCACUGUUCCCAAUCCCAUUGUGGUGGGUCAGUCUGUGUUCCUGGUGUGUUCCAGUAUCGAGUUCCUGGCCAGCAAUGCCACAGCUCAGUGGCAGCUUCAGAGACCCUCUGACCCCAACUUCAUCAACUUCACCAACAUCAAGUUCCCGGAGGAGCAGCUGAGAGUGGAAAACAUUACCGGGACACCGGACGACAUUGGGACUUGUGUCUUCCGCAGUAAUAAUGUGGUCAAUAGGUCAUUUGGACUUUCAUCAAAUGGUGACAUUCUCAGAUGUCAGUCACAAUCAACAGGCGCCGUCUCAAGCCCCGCCCCUAUUGUUGUUAAAUGAGCUUUGACUUUUGUUGUUGCUCUAUGGUUCUGACCAUUUAGUCUUAUUUAUGCUAUGAACUGUUUAUUAGGUUGUUUAUUUUUAUACUUUGAUAACAAAAUGUGAAAUUUCUCAUUUUAUUCUGCACCAAAGAAAUGUUCCGGGGUCACAGUUCCUCGUGGUGUGGUGAUUAAGUACUGUAUGUUCCAGUGAUAUUAUAAACUUAAAUCUGAGCUUUGCGUGGGGGCCAAAUCUGCAUAACGAUUGUACUGAUAGCCAGUUAUAAGAAAAAAAUUCUUUGGUUAAAGACCGCUGUGUAUGUUUAAUUUCCAUCCCACAACUGGAGGGCCCUCAAAUUUAAAAAAAAGUACCUAAAUUCAUCCUUUGUGAUAGAACGAAACUUUGUAACAAAUCAAACUCAAAGAUGGCUGUUAAAUCCAAUCCUUACUUUAAAAUCAGGCCACACACAUGUCAUGGGUAAGUUGGGUCUAAUGCUUCUUCUCUCAACCUUUUGUUAGCUCUGCGUUCUUUCAUUCUGGCCUCUCUCAUUUCUUUAUGUCUUGAGACUCCGACACUCACGGCUCCACACCAUGAGGAGGAACAGAGAGCUAGUGUUUCCCAGCUUUUAAGGGUGUCUUUGAAACGCUUGUGUUGAUCCAAUAGAGAAGUUGUUUGCGAAGGCGAUUUUCUGACAUACGGACUAUAUAAACCGGCCAUGGAAAGUGGGAAAUUUUUGCUGUGGCGAAGAUACUGUUCAUAUGUGACAAGUGUAGGAUCUCAAUGUCCGAUAUGCGGUCAAACCAGUUCACCUGAUGAAUUUUUCUUAGAUAUUGUAGAUAGAUGGAGCUUAGCUUUUAUUGUGGUUGGAAUAUAAGAUCCGGACUCUGAAGCAUAUAAGAGUGACGGGAGGACUACAGCACUGCUGAGUCCUCUCCGUUUCAAUACUUGGUCUUGAAGUCUGCAAAAAGCAGCACAGGAACUUACAAAAUGGAAGUCUGCCUCGUCAUCUGGGAUGGCAUUAGGUGCUUCACAUAUAGACACACUUGUCAACAUUUUCUAGUUUUUGGUCAUCUAUGUCAAUAUCUGGUUCCGGAGGUUAUUUGGAGGAGGUUGGUGCAAAACUUUUUUUUUUUUACAUUGAUGCUGGGGCCAAAAUUUUUGCAAGCGUUAGCGAGGAGGGACAGCCAAGCUCUAUUGAAGGUCCUCUUCAUUUGAGGCAUGUAUGGCACAGUCCUCUGCAAAUAGCAGGUCUCUGAUACAGUCAUGUUUUACUUUGGUCUUCGCUUUAAGUCGUUGAACAUUGAAUAGACUUGUGUCACUUCGAUAUCGCAUGUCAACUCUAACGCUUUCUUCGCGAAAGGCAUCUUUCAGCAUGGCGGUGAACAGUGAGCUGAAUAGUGUUGGAGCCAGCACAUAGCCCUGCUUCACUCCAUUUGAGACAGGAAAAGGCUUAGAGUAGUCUCCCUUGUCUUAGACUCUUGCUUGCAUGUCAUCAUGGAAUUGGCGCACCUUUGUUAUAAAUUGAUCAGGACACCGAAUUUGGACAUGAUUUGUCAGAGGCCUUCACGACUGACAUUAUCAAAAGCUUUAGUCAAAUCUAUGAAUGCAGUAUAGAGAUGUGAAUUUAGCUCGCUACAUUUCUCCAGGAGUUGGCGGACUCAAAAAUCAUGCCUCUACCCUGUAGAGGUAAUACAUAUUGAAUGAGUAUACUUAGAAUUAAAACUAUUUAUAGCUAAGACAUCACUAGUGACUUGUUAUUUGUUUUGUUUUUUCAACGAGCUACCCCAGGGGAGAUGUUUCGCCACUGCAGAUCUCUUUUAGAGUCACACUUGCACAGAUUAAAAUGGAUUGGGGUUACCGGUAAAAGCAGUGUGAUAGAAGAAUCCAAUGGUUGGCUUCUAAUCUGUUGCCAGUUUUAAAGAGCUGAUUUGAACAUCUUCGAUAUAUGCUCGGUAUUGUGCAUUAAUAAAUGAGAAGUUGUUAAAAUACUGUAUAUGUACAGCUGCUUGCGUUUUGUUUGAGUUUAUUAAAAACUAAGUUUCUGUUAUUCUUUGUUUUUUUUUCAUGUUUAGUUCCCCCCCCCCCUCAUUUAGUUUGCAUUUUAAUGUUAGUUUUAAUAUCCUAAUUUCUACAAUGGAUUCUUAAAGACAUAAAAUAUUACUUUAUUAAAUUCUACAUUUUUUUAAUUAUCUUUCUUUGGACGUAACGCUUUAUUCUAUUUUGUUUAAUUCUCUUUCUUAUUUUGUGAAUGCACAUUGCUCCUCCAUGUGUACCUAUCAGGUGCAAUGGUUGCGUCUUAUUAUGAACGUGGCUGUAAGGGGCAUAAUCGUAUUAUUUUUCAUUUGCGUACAUUUCUAGGAUGGGCUCCCUUGGAGAAUUUAUGCAGUUAUUGUCUUGUGACUCAUAAAAUAAAAUAAUUUGUUUUUCUCUCACUUCCCAUUCCAGGAUCAAAUUGAAACUUUUACAUAAUUAUUCAUAGUUGCUGACAAUACAUGAAUCAAUAAAAAAUAACAAAUUAUUUAAUAAAUUAAAGGUAAUUAAUUAAUGUUGUAUAGUAUAGGAAAAAGGAUUUAAAUCAAGCUUUCAUUGCAGUGAUUUUGAGGUUUUUCUCCAUUUUUGUUCACAAGAUGACCUUGAAAUCAGUGGGCUGUACAUUACAUUGUUCACGCUAUGACCUUGAGCUCAUUACGCUGUACCUCACUUGUUUCUGCGCGAUAACUUAAACUCCUGUGUGGCGUGUGUAUCUCUUUUGUCCAAGUAAUGACCUUGAACUCAUUGUAUUGUACAUCAUUUGUGUUCACAAGAUGACCUUGAACCCAUUGCACUAUGCAUCACUUUUGUUCAGGCUAUUACCUCGAACUCAUUGCGUUGUGUAUCCCGUUUGUUCAGGCUAUUACCUUGAACUCAUUGCGUUGUGUAUCCCUUUUGUUCAGGCUAUUACCUUGAACUCAUUGCGUUGUGUAUCCCUUUUUGUUCAGGCUAUUACCUUGAACUCAUUGCGUUGAAAUAAUUUCGUUACUAUAUAAUAUGUAAUCCAAUGAAUUCACUAAAGGAAUAUAAUGUUACUUGAUUUCCCACUGUUCUCUUCUUAACUCUUGGAAUUAUAGAUUUAAAUAUAGACAGUAGUGUCAUUGAAAGCCCCAAUCCUACACGCUAUUAAAAAAAAACGGCAUUACACAAUACACUUAACUGUGGCAUCAGUUCAAAGAAGCUUCUCAUGCGUCAAACUAAUCAAGAAUAUCUUGUAGUCAAUAAUUCACGAAGAUAGAUUGAAUCAUUGAACAAUUUGGCAAUUUUCGCUAUUGAGCGUGAUCUAUGAAGGAAACAGAAUUUCGAUGAUAUAUUGUAUGAUUUUACUACACAUAAGGCUCGUAGAGUUAAUUUGAUCGUGAUUUUGUACUAAGAAAAAAUUAAUAAAAUGUAAAGACGAAUUUAUUUUCUAAUAAAAAAAAUCUUAAUUUUCAUUUAUUAUCCUAAUCCCUACCCAGAUUGGCCGUUUCGCAUAAGGCCCCGCAAUUGUUAAGGCCGGCCCUGAAAGUUGGCAAGUGGUCAAGUCACUAAAGUACUUGCACAGUUUGUCCAUACUAAUUGAUUACUAAAUAAAAUAGAGGAAAACAACUUGUACACAAUGGAUUAGCAAAGAGACAGCUGGGAUACAAUGACUUAAGUCACAGGACACACAUCCAAAGGGGAAAAAAAAGUUAUUCCCAACAACAGAUGCUGAAAAGAAAACUCAUAUUUUAAAUAGACCUCCAACACAAAACUGACCAAUACCAAAGCAGGACGGACUCUCUGACUAGGGUCCAGUCCGAGUUGGUAGCUAGCCCACAGUUAGCUCCCCAUCACGGUGAAACGUGAACUAAGAACAAACUGACUGGUCAUUAACUCUUUCUCUCCGUAAUUAUUUACCACAUUCUGGUGGAAUCGACGCUGGUAUCGUCAGUUAGGAGAGAAAGAGUUAAUAUACACACACUUACAGGCUGACAAGUACCGACUUUUUAUUUAGCUUCUGUUGGUAAACUAAGACACAUAGGACUAUACAUAGGUCUUUACAUAGGUCCAAACAUUGAUCUAUACAUAGGAAAAUACAUAGAUCUAUAUACAUAUAUAUGGGUCUAUAUUAAGGAUUAUAGAUAGAUCCAGAUCCCCAUCCUAGCUACGCCACUAGUAUACACAUUGUUUUAGUGAUUUAUUGUAGCUUGUAGAGUAUUUAUUUUUUUAUUUUUUGUUUACUAGUACUAAGAGUUUAAAUAGUAGCCAACAGUCUAGACGUGUUUUUUUUUUUUUUUUUCUUUUUUUUUCGUAUUAUAAAGAUUUGUUUCCCUGACAUUAUUGAAUGACCUAAGCCACAGAAUGUCUUUUUAAACCCAUUUCUUGAUAAUGUGUAGUGUUAGUAAUGUAAUAUAUGUAUGUCUAAAACACAUAUGUGUUUAUAACACAUUAAAACACAUUUUUGAUUC